AUGAUUAUACUGAAAGGUGCAACUCAAGAUGAAGUGGCAGAAUCCACAGAUACUGAAGCUAUCGCCCCUAGAACGCCCCGUGGCGGUCGUUCGCGACGCAAGAGCACCGAGACAGAAGUCCUUACUCCAAGACGCACCAGUCGUAGAAGAUCCAGCGUAGAAGAGCCUGCACCCACCCCUGUUAAAAUUCAGCAGUCUCUUGCACAGAUCACAGAAUCGGAAACUGAACAAGAGGAACAAGUUCCUGAAAGCAAGACUGAAUCAGAAGAACCUGCUAUUGAUCUUUACAGUAUCAAUGUAUCAAAAACGUAUGAUGAUGAUGAACAAAGUGUUACCACUCAUGGGGAUUCAAUGACGGAACAAAAGAACAUCAGCAUCGAAAGUAAAGAGAUUGAAAGUUUGUCAGAUGAUGCCAAAAAUGACGAGAAAGAGAACAAUGUUGCAGCAGUAGAACCUGUGGCUGCUUUGUCUGAUCAAUCUGAAUCUGGUGGAGUGAAGCCAGAGAUUGAAAAGACAGUUACAAAGGUUGAAGAACAACCAGAAAAAGAAUCACCUUCAAGGAGGACAAGUUCGAGAAGGUCUUUGGUAGAAGAAUCUUCAACACCUACAAAAGCAGAAGAAAAAAUCGCUACACCUAUAAAAAGUGAUGAAAAACAAACAACGCCCUUGAAAGAUAAGCAGCCAACGCCAAUUAAAAAGGAAGAGAAACAAACAACUCCAAUUAAAAGUGAUGAAAAACAACCAACAUCUGUGAAAGAUAAGCAAACAACGCCUGUGAAAGAUAAGCAACCAACGCCAAGCAAGAAUGAUGAAAAACAAACAACUCCAGUAAAGAAGGAAGAACAAACUCCACCCAAAAAGGAUGUUGCAACACCUGGACAAAAUACACCGAGGAAAAUUGAUGAAUCUCCAUCUAAAAAGGAUGAAGUAAUGGAAACACAGGAAGAAAUGAGCCAAGAAGAUCAUGCAGAAACAUCAUUGGACAAAGCCGACACUCUGGAGGAGGAUGAAAAAAUGUUACUAGAUGAUAGUGUACAUAACAAAUCCUCUGAGAGUAACAUUGAAGAAUCUGAUAAGGACAAUAUAUCAGAAAACACCAAAUUCGAUGAUUCAGAAUUAGCAUGUGAUAGUCCGGUGGAUACCUCGAAAGCUAAGAAGAAAGAGAAGAGAUCAAGGUGGAGCAAUUUCCAAGACCAAAAGCAAGAAUCGAAUGAUAAAGCUGCAAAAUCAGAAGAAGCAAAAUCUGAUGACAGCCGGCGAAGCCUAAAACGAAGGCAUUCUCAUUCAAGGUCUCCAGUAAAAAUGCUCACUGAAGAAGAUGAAGUUCAACUGGAAAGUUCCGAUACAAAUGUUUUAUUAAGCUGGUUUGAUUCAGAUUUGCAUCUAUGCAUCGAUCGUGACAAUUUAUGUGGUGCCAGCCCUCUAACAGCUGGUGCACUUAGUCACGUUUGGGCCGGUGCCAGAACCAACAAAGGUGUUACAAGUGGUUGUGGAGCUUAUGAAGUUCUUGUUGAACGCCACCUUAAAGUUGAUCAGCCUGAUGAGAGUUCUCAUUUGAUUCGUAUUGGUUUUUCUACAUCUUCAAACACAUUACAACUAGGGGAAGAUGCACUUUCUUUCGGCUAUGAAAGCUCUGGAAAGUUUGUUAGUAAUAAUGAGUUUACAGAUUAUGGAGUGCAGAUUAAAGAGACUGAUGUUGUUGGUGCUUAUUUGGAUUUGGAUUCUACUCCAUGCACAAUUAAAUUCACUGUCAAUGGCGAAGAACAAGGAAUUGCUAAAGAGUUUGAAAAGUCAAUUCUUGAAGGCAAAGCUUUAUUCCCUCACGUACUGACCAAGAAUAUAUCAUUUAAAAUUAAUUUCGGUCAAAAUGAAAAAUCUUUGUUAAAUAGACCAAAAGUAGUAAAGGUAGUGGAAGACAAAAAGGAAGUGAAGGAUGAACCUGUGCAAGAGCCCAUGGAAACUGACACUUCUGAAGAAUCUAAAGAAGUAAAAUCUACGGACGUUGAAAUGGCAAAAGCAGCAGAUGCUUCUGAAGAAAAAGAAGCAUCAAAGGAGGUACAAGGUGAAAACGCUGUGAAGGAAACAAAAGCAGAAGAAACGGUUAAAGAAAAUGCAGUUCCAGAGCCAAUUGAGGAGGACGUUCCAGAGUUAUUUAUUCUGCCCGGAUAUGAAUACAUAGGCAAAUUUCCACUCGACUCUUUGGUAGAUGGACCGCUUCAACCCGACACGAGGAAAGAGUGUGAGGUCUUGAUGCUAUGUGGAUUACCAGGAGUUGGAAAAACACACUGGGUAGAAAAAUGGGUUCGAGAGCAUCCAGAAAAGAGAUACACAGUGCUGGGAACACAUGAACUAGUAAAUAGGAUGAAGACAAAUGGAGAACCAAAGAAAUCAUCCUACAAAGGAAGUUGGCAAGCAUUGUUGGAGGCCUGCUCUAAGAGCAUUUCAGAAUUAGUGAACAUUGCAGGCAAGAGGCGGAGAAAUGUCAUUAUUGAUCAAAAUAAUGUAUUUAGUGCAGUCCAGAUUAGAAAGAUAAGUAACUUUGGUGAAUUUGUUCGAAAAGCCAUUGUUAUAGUACCUUCAGAGGAAGAAUGGAAUAACCGAAAAGCUGCUAAAGGGCAAUUCAUCACUGAGGAAGUGACUGAAUCUGAAAUGCUUACAAUGAAAGCCAACUUUGUUCUGCCCGAAGUAAGCGACUACUUCGAUCAAGUUAUUUUUGCUGAGCUCUCUGAACAGGACUCGAGUGAUCUUAUUGAGAAGUAUAACAAAGAAGGCAAAGAUGCCGGCUAUGCCAUGAGGCCCGCUAAGCGAUCCCGUUUCGAUAACAGUUCAGAUCGUUCUGCUGACAGACACAGCAACUCCAGCCAGGGCAAUCGUCAAAGUAGUGAUAGGCGCUACAACGACCGUUCCGAUAGGAGGAGGAGUUCUGAUAGAAGCCAAGGGUUCAAUAGACGAGGCGGUAAUGAUCAUAGAAAACACAAUGACAGGAUGGAUCGCGGGGGCGGCGGACCCCCACAUAGGUGGGGCGGUGGUCCACCUAGAUUCGGUGGACCUCCACCUCCGCCUCAUUGGGCUGGAAGAGGAGGACAUAGAGAUCAGUGGAGAGGAGGCGGUGGAGGUGGAAGAGACAGGCCUCACCAAGCUGGUGGAUGGCGAAGCGGCGGCGGCGAGCGCGGCCCUCCGCAUGGCGGUCGUGGUGGAAGUGGAGACCAUGGUCACCGGGGCGGUCCGCGUGGUGGACCACCAGAUCAUGUACACCGCGGCGGUCGAGGUGGCGGUGAUCACCGUGGCGGACGAGGCGGUGGACCAAGCCGCGGAGGUGCAGGUGCGCCACAACAUAUGAGAGAUGGAGGAAGGUGGAAUCCAAGAGGCUCUGCACCAGGUCGCGGUGGUGCUGGCGGCGAUCGAAGGGGACAGCAUUCUGGCAGAGGACAUCCGCAGGGUGGACAAGGCCAUUGGGCUGGCAAUAAUGCUGCAUGGAAUAACGAGCAGCAACAAUGGAACCAACAGCAAUGGGGCGGAGCUCAAAAUUGGAGUGCUGAUCAAGUCGCACAAGAUUGGUCAGGACAACAUUGGAAUCAGAACUGGCAACAAAACUGGAAUCAACAAAACUGGGGAAAUGGCUGGAAAGGUUAUGGUGCUCAAAAUUGGGGUCAAUAUUGGAACCAAUGGAAUCAGCAGGGACAACAACAAGCAGAGGGCAAUUCAGCAGGUACAAAUGCUAGUGGUGCCGCUGAUAACAGUGGAGGUGGUGCUAAUCAGAAUCCCUCAACAACUGGAAGCAGCAGUACCACAUCGGCAAAUUCAUCUCAGUACAGCACUUCUUAUCCUAAUGUACAAUACACAGGUGCUGCAGGAACAAACACCACCACCAGUAGCAGUUCCAGUCAGUAUCCGGCCCAAUACAGUACAGAUGGCAACACGGCGAACCAAACAACAGAACAAAUGGCUCAAGUCUACCAGAGUUGGGCUCAGUAUGCUCAAGCGUUUGCUAAUUAUGGACAACAGCAAAAUGCAGCGACUGCUGGAUCUGGGAAUAGUCAGAAGGCGGCAACCGGUUUUUGUUUUGAUUUUGUUUUGGAUGAAAAUUGUGACCUGCAUCUUUCCCUGCACGCUCGUGACGCAUCAGGAAAAUCCUUGUACCCGGCAUUAUGUGACAUACAUUUUAAAGAAAAAAAUUGA